AUUAAAAAUGUAAGAAAACGAAGCAACGAGGAAAUAGAAGUGUCACAUAGCUUAUUCUUCUUCCUCUUGAGCAUAGCUAUUCAGUGUGAGUUCUUGACAUUCAAAUUCUUCUCGCAUAGUUCAGUUCGUCAAUUGGAAUAUAUGGCUAACUCUUCUAUCACCGAUUCACUUUUCAGCUAUCCUCGUCCAGAUUAUGCUGAGAUAGUUGUGGUUCGUCAUGGUCAAACAAUUUGGAAUGCUGAAAGUAAAAUUCAGGGACACUUGGAUGUUGAAUUGAAUGAAAUUGGAAGACAGCAAGCACGUGCAGUGGCUGAUAAAUUAUCAAGAGGACCAAAGAUCUCUGGAAUAUAUUCUUCUGACUUGCAACGUGCUUUUGAAACAGCACAGAUAAUUGCUUCUAAAUGCGGAGAACUAGAGGUUGUCAAGGAUUUAGACCUACGGGAAAGACACAAGGGAGAUCUUCAAGGCCUUUGUCAUCAUGAAAUAGCAAAGACUAAUCCCAUUAGUUACAAGGCCUUGAUUUCCAAUAAUGAACAUGAAAAAAUCCCUGGUGAUGGAGAAAGUAUGUUUGAGCUGCUUGAACGUUGCAAAUCUGCAGUGCUGAGAAUUGGCAAAAAACAUAAAGGGGAGCGAGUUGUUGUUGUGUCUCAUGGAACAUCCAUUGAAGUACUUUACAAGUGGGCUUGUGUAAAUGGAUAUGAAGGGAAAAUACACAAUGCAUCUAUCACUUACUUUCACUUGUAUGACGAAGACAUAUUGACCUUAAAGGUGUGGGCUAAUGUUAGUCAUCUGGCCCAAAUUUGAUUUCUCUACAGUCUAAUAUUACUUCCGAUUAUUAGGAUGUAAUGUGUGUUGUUUACCAUCCAAAAGUUAAUAAUUUGCUAAAGGGAAGACGAUAAAAGAGUAUCAAAUGGUGUUACUAUAGAUUGACUUUGUGCCGAAUCAUAUGAUCUUUUUAUAUAUAUAUAUAUUUUUUUUAUAUAUACACAUAUUAUUUUUGUGUGUUUGUGAUUCAUCAGUCCGAAGGAUAUGAUUUAUGUAAUGUGUGAAGUCAUACACUCAUUUCAAGAAUAUAUGAUUUAUGUAAUAUGUGAAGUCAUACACUCACUUUCCUUAUCAUCUGUCUAAGACAUUUUCUUAUUUUGUACAAAAUGGAUGACUUAUUUGUUGUUUUAAUGUUACUUGCUGAUCUUCUGGA